CUUAUAAGCGAAAGGAUUCCAUCGGCUACGAUAUAUCAGAGGAGACAAGUCUUGCAACUCAAGGGACUAAAUAUUCUAGCAUUUCCAAUGCCUGGACUGAAGAGAUAGAUGAAGAAACAAUGGACUACCAGAUUGAAGAAUUAUCACAACUUAAAGAAUAUGACUACUUCUGGAAUAUUAUGCAAGUCAGCAAGUUAUGCAGCAAACUCUGUUGACGAAGAGUAAAGAGAAGAUUUUCCAAGCGGUUUAAUAAACCUCCUAAAUGUUCGGUCAAGAAAAGGCUUUAGAAAUUUUGGGCAGUGAGUAAAUAAGAUUGAGAGACAAAUAACAGGGGAGGCUAAAAUAUUAUUAUACAUCCUUCUUCUCCCAUAUAUACUAAUAUUGUGUUUGUACAAGGUAUGCAAAGGAAUCAUAAACUUAUUUUUUAUGCUCCCAAAAGGAAGAACUAAGAGAAACAACUGAAUGCUAUUCGCGUUUAUAGUCUUUCUCAUAACUUUCUUCCUCUUCCUUGAUGCCUUCCUUAAGGUUAAAAAGAUCCAGUAUGAAGCUAUUGAGGAUUAUGUGACCAGAAUGGCCGCCUCACAGUUGUCUAUCCACGCAGAUUACAUCGCAAGCAUGAAUACAGUAGAUAUGCAGGAAAUAUUCAGGGAAAUUACUAUUAUAAGCACGGUCAUGUCUAUAGCUAUUUUAAACAAGAGUUAUAUCUCACAUGAAUUCUUACAGUAUUCUAAGCAGCAUAAAAUGAUUAGUAAUAGUGAAUAUAUUUCCCUAGAAGAGGAGCUAGUGUAUCCUCCAGAUGAUGAGUUCAUGAGCUACCUUAUCUUCCCACAAAAAAUGGACUAUUCCAAGCUAGAGCAUUACCAUCCAGCUGAGAAGGAAGUGGAACUAUGAGCGUUUAUUGAGUAUUAUGUGGAAUGGAUUCUGCAUGAACCUCUACUUCAGAUGAAUUAAAACCCUCAUUUUCAUUGGGUUUUACACAGAACUUUUUUGAGAAUAUGCUGCUUCAAACAUACAAUAUUAUAGAGGCCCUCCCAUCGAGAAAGAAGAAAGACACGGCUACAAUUUUGAAAAGGAUGAGCAGGUCUUCUUUCCGAGUAUUCGAAAAUGGUUUGAUAAAGGUAUCAAAGAGAGUGGUCUCACCACUUUUGUUGGAACAUAUGUCUGGGCUGGUCAUGAUGGGAAAAUAGGGAGCACCCUUUCUCAAGCUUUCUUGGAUACUGACUCCAGCAUCCUUGGAGUGAUUGGAUUCGACUUGAUUCCAUAUUCUAAAAAGAAAAGUGGAGCUAAAUACCAAGAAAGCAAUAAUUUUAGUAUGUUUGGGGAAGACAGCUCGAAUCAAAAAUAUUUUAUUACCUCAAAAUCAAAUGUUUUAAAUCAAAGAAUUUAUAACAUAGCAUCAGAUCUUGCUCGUAGUGUAUAUUCAGAACACAGAGAAGCAAUUCUGAAAAAUCUCAAGAUCCAGAAUGGAAUUGAUAAUAGCACAUCAAGCCAGACUGGAACCUGAGAUAGGUUUACUAAUAUGCAAUUCUUUGAGUUAGAAAACUUUCAAGGAGAAUCCCAACAUCUCAUGUCAUAUACCUUCUGUGGUGUAGCACGUAUAAUAUGUUUUGAAGAGAUAGAACUUUUGGGUCAACGCCUUGACAAUAGCUCCAAAAGGUCAGCCGAAAACAUGGUUGGGCUCAUCUUCGAGCAAUCAAGGAUCACCGAUUACAUCAGGAUAAUUCAUACAGAGCUGUUAGGCACUCUAGUGGUCUCCAAUAUAAUCAUCAUUUUAUUUUGUUGUUUCCUUGCUAGUAUAGUGAUAAUCCUGUCGAUCAGGAAAAUUUCUGACAAAAUCAGGAACCAAAUAGUUGACAUGUGAAUCAGGAUGAAAAUUGUCCAAAUGAAUCAUAAAAGAAUGAGUCAGCUGAAUUAUCAACACAAAAGAAUCGAAUUUCUACAUUACAACUCAAAAGCCAGUCAUGCUGGGACUGGGACGAAUUUUAGCGAGAUUUUUAGGAAAGCUGAGAUAAUCCUCACUGUUUACAACCUCAAGCAUUUUGAAUUAAGGGAGAAUAACCCCGAGGAAUACACUCAGAAAGCUCUACAGGAGUUUGAGCAGAUAGCCAUAACUUUUGAAGACUUUAUAGAGGCUUCUCUAGAGAAAGGAAAUGAUGAAGACAAGCUUGAUAAGCUGUAUACUCAGCUUUUUAAAUGUAAGAACAACAUUGGAGUACUAUAUUUCUCUCUUAAGCAGUAUGAGAAAGCAGAAAAGAUUUUCUGUGAACUCAGGGAUCAUUAUGGAUACAGGACUGCAAGAGAUGAUUAUCUGAGCAUGACUAAGCUAUCACUUAAUUCUUCAGUCAAUUUGAUCAAGAUGAUUGAGAAUAAGUGUAAUAAGAAGUUUAAGGAAAACUCCUCGAAAGUAAAUAUUAGGAAGGAGAUUAUCAGAACUACUUUCUAUCUUAAUAGUAUUAUCAAGACACAGUCUAAGAAGGUACAUAACAAUGAGAUCGAGCUUAUGGCUAGAAUCCUGCUUAUCCAACAAGACCUUGUUUUGAAAUAACUAUGAUAAGUGUGAAGACGGUCUCAAGACUUUCAAAUAACAUAAUAAGGUCAAACUAUGAGUUCGACAGAAAUGAUAAUCUCCUAGAAUUUUGUAGCCAGAACCGCCUUUAUUUAAAGGCGUGUUUUAUGAUUGACCUCUUUCUGUGAAAUGAGGAACUUUGAGGAUGAAACUUAAGGAAUAAAAUCCUCCAACUUUCUUCAAGAUUACUAUGAGCAAAAUGAUCCUCAGGAGAUUUGGAGGGAAGGCAGACUAUUAAAUAAAAUCAGAUACUCUAAAACUAUUCUCUCUGCUAAAUCUCUGGAGGAGACUGACUCUUUAUUCUAUAUUCAGGAGGCUCUAUUGUGCUGAAUGAGGGUCCUUUAUAUCUUUGAAAGGCUUGACCCAGAUAUUUUGAAGCAAACCUUACACUUACUAGGCGACUAUUAUUAUUUGAAAGGAUUAAUUUCACCUCAGGAGCCUAACGAAAAAGUGAUGAGAACGCUUUGUUUUACCUCUUCACAAUAUCUAAACUCUCAUAAAAGAUGGAAUGUGCUCAUAUCCUACAACCCAAAAUUAGCUGUUGAAUAUCACGAAGCAGGAAAUUACUUAGAGGAAAUAAAGCAAUGUCUAGAGGGUGAAGACAUCAUAUCCCUCUACAGGUACACUUCUCAAGUCCAUCAGGCCAAUUACAAAAAUAUCUUCACAGCUGCUGCAAAGCAGCAGGUGAAGCACUCUUUGAAAUGAAUAGUUGACAAGAAGUUUGCUAAGAAUAUUUCUUUUAAAUCAUCCUUAUUUAGUGGUCUCCUCACUACUGGAAAUGAUUUUGAGAAUUUCAAUAAAAGCAAUUUUUUGAAUAGAUUUUGAGAAUUUUUAAAAGCUAAACAUCACAAAACUAAUAAACGUUUGACUAACAAGAAGUACAGGAACUUAGUUAUAGCAUUUACUCAUAUUGACGAAUGGCAAGAGAAAGAGGAAAUAGAGUCCUUUCUGGAUGUUCUUAGAUUAGAGAGGAGACAAAAUGAGUUACAAAAGAAUAGAUCUCAAGAGCAGUUAAAGGCAGCUAUUAUUAUCAUCGUAUUUCACAAUAAAGUUGUUCCUAAAGUUGAUGCCUUUUCAUCUUUCAAGAGUGAGGACAGAAAAGUACCAGACCAAAAGGAAAUUCCAGAAUGGCUCACCCAGAUAUCUCAAGAUAUAAAUCUACCCAUAUCUGUCAUUUCUUGAAUGGAAUCUGACCAAAUAAAACUCGACAGUAUCAAACAUUUUAUACAUUUGUCAAGGAAAUCAGGGAUCUGAAAGCUAAAUGUAUUGAAAAGCCCCUAAAUAGCCUACAAGUGUAAUGCAGUUGAAAUUACUUUUGAGUUAUACCAUUAAGCCUUCCUCUACAUUUUUAAUCUAGCCUAAAAUGGUCAGCACGUUGUGUCAAAUUAAGGCAAUAUUCGUAUUAAUAUUUCAGAAAAAUCUGAGAAGGAAUAUUUAUCUCAUUUAAGCCCUAGCUUGUGUUGGAAAUUAGAUAAUAUAGUGACUGGAAAUAGAGCCAAAUUCAUUCUGAACCAAUAGAUUUCUGACUUAUUUAUUCUCAGGAGAG